CUGCACCUGAGGCCUAUGUGAACUAGCUUUAACCCCUCCUGUGCCGGCGUGUGACAGGGCUGUGACAAUGACAGGCGGCUCAUCCCCAUACAGCAGGCACUCUGGAUUAGAGGAAGUGUUUGGCUGGCUGGUGUCACCUCUGCAGGCAGUCAGUCGGCUGGGAUUGGGUAGAUGGCUGACUCCAGCUCAGAUGUGGAGAAGAGCAGCAGAUGAUGAGAGUCAGUGAGCGUCUACCAUAGAAGAAGAGCCAGCCACCGGGGAAAUGUCAUUGUAUGAGCCGCACUCCCUCCUGUUCUCAGAGCCCCCCCUGCCGGGCACAGGGAGGGGUGCAGGGGCCGUACUCGCAGUCUAGAUGACCUCACGCAAGCAGAGGGUCUGAGCGACCCAGCGGCGACUCUGAUUGGCUGACUGGGGCUCAGCGGCACUUCAAAGCCAGAGAGGAGCUACAAUUGUGCUGGAAUGGGCGGACCUGAUCAUUGUAUUGCACACCUCUAAAAAAACACUGCUCUGAUUUAUACAUAUAAAAAAGAUCCUCUGAGGAGGGCACUUUUGUGAUGGCAACUUCUCUACUAGGGGUGAGUCUGAGGAUUUUCUUGCUGCUCUAAUUAGUUCUUUUAUUCUGCAUCUUUUUUUUUUUUACUGCCUAGUGGAGGGGUUAAAACAGUCCUGAGUCCAGACAGGGGCUAUCAGUCUCCCAUUGAGUCGUAUAGUACGAGGGAGUGGAGAGAGAAAAGAGGAAGGAACUUGAAGGGGGCCGAGUCACUUGGACUCAGGAGAAGGUAGUGAGGGCACUUUGUAGACACAGCCUUCUCCUGCCCAGAGGUGCAGCUUACAUGACUGCAGACACUUCCUAACCGGCUGCUGCCUUUGUCAUAAAUCUCAGCCCUCUCCUGUGCCAGGAAGAGCCCAGAUUGGGAUCCACUCCUCUGGCCAUGCUAGCCGCCACCUGUAACAAGAUCGGCAGCGCCAGCCAGUCCCCGUCUUCUCUAUCGGACAGCUCUGGCUCUUUUGGGAAAGGAUUCCACCCCUGGAAGCGCUCCUCCUCGGGUAGCUGCACCCUUGGUUCCGGCUCUCUCUCUGGAUUCGGAGGUUCGUCCCGCGGUGGCUCCUCUUCCUCCAGCGCUGCAGCUGCUGCAGCGGCUGCGGCUGCCGCGGCCGCUGCUGCGUUGGUGUCGGACUUCAGCUGCGGAGGUUCCCCGGGCUCCAGCGCUUUCUCUUUGACGUCCUCCGGAGGCGGCGGAAAUGGAGGAGGGGGAAACUGCCCGGUCUCGGCUGCCUCACCUUUUGCCAAUGAAUAUUCGGUGUUCCCGGUGAGCGGGGGAUCGCAGGAGGCGGCAGCUGCAGCGGCAGCAGCGGCGGCUGCAGCGUCACACCACCAGCCGGUCUUCCUAUCCAAGGUGCACGCCUCUGUGGACAGCCUGCAGAGCAUCUACCCCCGGGUGGGGAUGGCGCACCCCUACGAGUCCUGGUUCAAACCAUCGCAUACCGGAGAUGUGGGCUCAGCGGCAGCCGCAGGGGGCGCCUCCAGCUGGUGGGAAGUUGGAGCCGGAUGGAUAGACGUUCAAAGCCCCGGGGCAGGAGCUGCCCUCCAUCCUAGCACCCUGCAGGGCUCAUUGCACUCCCCUCUGGGUGGCUACGGCUCAGACUAUACGGCUGCCGGCUUUGGACAUUUCACUGGAGGAAGCGGGGGAGGCCAUGGUUCCGGCGGGGGUGCAGGAGGAUCCCAAGGGGGGCAUCUACUGAGCCCAGCCGGGCAGCACUUGAUGGACGGAUUUAAGCCAGUUAUUGGCCCCGGCUCCUACCCAGACCCCUCUUCUUCCCCCUUAUCCGCCGCUGGCUCCAUGCUGGCACCCACAGGGCCACUAGGAGGGUCCCCUCGCUCCUCUGCCAGGCGUUACUCCGGUAGAGCCACCUGUGACUGCCCUAACUGCCAAGAGGCGGAGAGACUUGGACCCGCGGGGGCCAGCCUGCGGAGGAAAGGUCUGCACAGCUGCCACAUCCCAGGCUGCGGCAAAGUAUACGGCAAGACCUCUCACCUCAAGGCCCACCUGCGCUGGCACACCGGGGAAAGGCCCUUCGUCUGCAACUGGCUCUUCUGCGGCAAAAGGUUCACCCGCUCCGACGAGCUGCAGCGGCACCUGCGCACCCACACGGGAGAGAAGCGCUUCGCCUGCCCCGUCUGCAACAAGCGUUUCAUGCGGAGCGACCACCUGAGCAAGCACGUCAAGACUCACAGCGCGGGGGCGGGCGGAGGCCCCGGCAAUGGGGGUCCAGGCAGCGGGGGCAAGAAGGGCAGCGACACCGACAGCGAGCACAGCCCAUCAGCCAGCCCGACCUGCCAUUCCCCAGAGCUUCUGCACUCCACGGACAGAAAUGGAUUGGAGUAAGACCCUAUGGGCUCCCAUUUUUUCCCCCUGUAGCCCUUUACCCCCCUGGUCACUGUGCAUCCCCCUCCUUCCCCCCCAACCCACUCUGUUCUGUAACUUAGGACAUGGACAAGCAUUGUUCUCUGGACACUCUGAGGCUUCAGUCACAGCUUGACCUCUUUCUGCUUCUGAUGACACCAUUUACCAUAACAAAAGUGGCUUUUUCAAGGAAUUAGUUAAAAAAAGGGGGGAAAUGUGGGAGCCAGUUCCUCCCUCCCUGCUGGCUGGAAGGAGAUGAGAAUGGACAGAUUAUCUGGAGCUGAACUCCUGGGCCACAAGAGAAGAGGGUGCCCGAAUGGAGCCAGGAAACUGCAACCUUUUGUCUCCAUCCUCUUUGCUAUGCUAGACUUACUUGAUCCAUAUUUUAGACUCCAUUGAGCUCCAGCCUUUUUAAUGCAGUCUUAAAAUAUGCCACUGAGCGCCCAUGUUUGAUUGUAGUCUUACUAUAGGUCACCAGACAUUAUUGCAAUGGAUAGCAACCUUCACAAAGGCCUAAAAGUCCAGUAAUGCACUGUGUAAACUGGAGCAACACUCAACUGGCAGCUGCUGUCAAAGUUUAGUAGGUUGAUUAGUGUGCUGGGAUGUUUCAGCUAACAGGUAACCAUGUGAUGUGUUCAUUGGGACUCAAUAUUGGUAUGUUUGUUUUCUACUUUAAAAAAUAAAAAUAAAUUGUACUUAUUUGGAAUGCAUCCUUCCCAGUCAUUUCAAACUUGUACAUUUUCAAAAAUCACUGGAUGAUCAGUUUUUAGGACCAAAUGGAAUUUUUAGGUGUGAAUAAUAUUUACUAAGGGAGUUUAAAACUGCAAGACCCCACUUUGCUUUAAAAAUAAAAAUAAAAAAGUGGUCUGGUGUUAAACUCUGUUUAGUAAAUAAAACGUUAGAUAUUUCCUGUAAACCCCAAAUUCUGCAAUUUCCUCCAGAUUACACCUAUAUUUUCUGCAUAAGUGAACCCCUAAAAUGUUACAAUAUUUUUCAGAUAGCAUCAAGUUUCCCUAUGUACUUGAUAUCCCCAAAAAUCUAAAAAUUCCUCUAUGUACCAUCUAGAUUUUCUGCAUAGGUAAAACCCCUAAAUUCUGCAAGAUCCUCUAGACAAGUAAUUCUCCUGCCUAGGGGGAACCCCAAGUUCCAGAAUUCCAAAAUAUCAUCUAGAUAAAAUCCAAUUGUCUGCAUAAGCAAAACUUUACAUUUUAGAAUUCACCCUCUGGAUAGGUGAAACCCAAAAUCUAUACUAACUCUGUAUCUAAUUUUCCCACAUAGGUAACAUUCUAAAAUGUUAUAACAUCAUUUGGAUGACAUCUAAUUUUAUAGGUGAACCCCUAAAAUGUUAUAAUCUCUGGAUAAAAUCUAAUUUCCCUACACAUGUAACAUUCUAAAAUUUUAUAACAUCAUUUGGAUAACAUCUAAUUUUCCUGUAUAGGUGAACCCCUAAAAUGUUAUCAUCUCUGGAUAAAAUUUAAUUUCCCUACAUAGGUAACAUUCCAAAAUGUGAUAACAUCAUCUGGAUAACAUCUAUUUUUCCUGUAUAGGUGAACCCCUAAAAUGUUAUCAUCUCUGGAUAAAAUCUAAUUUUCCUACAUAGGUAACAUUCCAAAAUUCGAUAACAUCAUCUGGAUAACAUCUAUUCUUCCUGUAUAGGUGAACCCCUAAAAUGUUAUCAUCCCUGGAUAAAAUCUAAUUUCCCUACAUAUACAUUCCAAAAUUUGAUAACAUCAUCUGGAUAACAUUUAUUUUUCCUGUAUAGGUGAACACAUAAAAUGUUAUAAUCCCUGGAUAAAAUCUAAUUUCCCUACAUAGGUAACAUUCCAAAAUUUGAUAACAUCAUCUGGAUAACAUCUAUUUUUCCUGUAUAGGUGAACCCCUAAAAUGUUAUAAUCUCUGGAUAAAAUCUAAUUUCCCUACAUAGGUAACAUUCCAAAAUGUGAUAACAUCAUCUGGAUAACAUCUAUUCUUCCUGUAUAGGUGAACCCCUAAAAUGUUAUCAUCUCUGGAUACAAUCUAAUUUCCCUACAUAGGUAACAUUUCAAAAUUUGAUAACAUCAUCUGGAUAACAUCUAUUUUUCCUGUACAGGUGAACCCCAAAAAUGUUAUCAUCUCUGGAUAAAAUCAACAUUUUCUGUAUAGCUAAUACUCCAAAAUUCAAUAAUAUUCCCUGGAUAGCAUCUACUUUUCCUGUAUAGGUAAUACUCAAAAAAUCGAUAUGAUCUAAUUUUCCUGUAGUGAAAGUGGAAUAUCAUCUACAUAAAAUCAAAAUUUCCUGCAUAGGUGAAACUUUAACUUAUUUUAUCCUCUAGAUAGAAUGUAAUUUUGUAGGAGAAACACCAAAUUCCAAAUUUCUACAAUAGCCUCUAGAUAAUUUUUUUCCCCUCUAAUUAAUAAUUUAAAAAAAAAAUACAUUCCCUCCACUUCACAUUGGUAGUUUGAAAUGCAAAACUGAAAUCACCCAGUCUCAUAUAAAAUGUUCACUCACUUGCACCCUUUGUGUAAAGUCUUGGCCAAAGGCCCUUCCAUAAAUUCUAUUCUAUAGAACCAAGUCCUGUGGAAUGUCAGGAGGGCUAUCAAAUACCCCCCUAGCAUGGUGAGCAGAGGAGCUAAGUACUGAAGGCGAUUUUUGUAUAGUAUUUUUCUUGUAUAUUAAUAACAGUAAAUAUUUGAAAAUAUAUAGAAGUACAAUGGAGCUUCUUUUUUUUUGUCACAAAAAAUAUUGAGUUAUUGUUGCAGGUCACUGCAGUCUUUUUAUUAUUAAUAUUAUUAUAAAUAUUUUGUUUCUUGAAGUGUACAUCAAACAGAAAAUGCACUUUGAGGGUCUAGUUUUGCUUGAAUAUGACUUUAGAUAGGUAUAAACUGUAACUGAGAAAAAAAAGACACUAUUUCAUAAAAUGUUCAAUCUAAUUUAAUUGAGCAUGUACUUUUUGCUGGCGGUUCUGCUAUAGCUAAAAGUGAGAGUCCUUUAUUUCAUUACAAGUGGGUCAGGCAGACUUAAAUCAUGUAUUAAUAAACUGUCAGAGUGAAACCGAGCUGUCUUUUGGGCUGUGUAUUUCCUGCUAAAAUCAUCCACAGAAAAGAAAAUGAUAACAAUCACCUCCCUGAUUUUUUGCUAAUUUAAAUGUCUUUUGGCUACUGACCACACUACAGCCAUAGUUUGCAAACUUUGCAGACUGUCUACUCCUUGUUGUAAUGUUGAAAUAAUUUGAAUAUUUCACAUUGAAAUGGAAAAAAAAUAAAAAACCUUUCACUGGGACGUUUAGAUUGCAUUCUAAAUGCAUGAGAUGUAAUUGGUUUUAUUUGUAAUAUUUUAAAUAAUGGAAUUAAUAAACUCUGAAAAAAUCGA